UGGAAAAAAAAAGCGCCGCCUAGUUUCCGUCCAGGCUUCCGUAGAAGGCCAGAAGCUAGCUUUUGGCGCCUAUGCUAGUCGGGAUAAAGAAGCUGACCGCGUGUUCAUCAUCCACCGUCCAAGCUGUGCCACGUUGUUUUUAGUUUAGUCUGCAAGAGCACAGCAUGGGCAAGAAGCAGAAUACCAAGAGUAGGAAGGAUUCUCAGGGGGGGCAGGGUGUACAAGAAGAACCUGAGGAAUUUGUGGUGGAAAAAGUGCUGGACCAGCGUAUUGUGAAUGGGAAGGUGGAGUUCUUCCUCAAGUGGAAAGGAUUUACAGAAGCUGACAACACUUGGGAGCCAGAGGAGAACCUGGGUUGUCCCGAGCUUAUCAACGCUUUUCUCGAAGCCCAGAAGAACAUUAAAGAGAAACCGGCUUCUCUGAAGAGAAAGGCGCCUGCGGACGAUUCCGAAAUGGACGCAAAGAAAAAAGACGCUCCAGAGAAACCCAGAGGCUUUGCGAGGAAACUUGAUCCCGAAAGAAUCAUCGGCGCAACAGACAGCAGCGGCGAGUUGAUGUUCUUGAUGAAAUGGAAAGAUUCGGAUGAAGCCGACCUGGUCCCAGCCCGCGAAGCCAACACCAAGUGCCCUCAAGUGGUCAUUGCCUUCUACGAGGAGAGACUAACAUGGCACUCAUGUCCAGAAGAUGAAACUCAGUAGCGAGCUGUCUCUGGGCCUUGCAACUCCAUAGAUUGACCCCGCCCCCUUUUGUUCCCCUCAGGACUGACUUUCCUUCGUUGGCCUGGCCUUCUAUUUUUAUUUUUUAGCUGUUGUAGUUUUUGUUUUAUGUUUACUCGAUUCAAAAUGUACCCCAUGGCUGCUGAAGGGGAGAUUUGAAUUGUUCCAGGCGCUAUGUUCUCAAAAGGUUUUCAAGGUAGUAGCUUGGCGGAAGUUGUUGCUCACCUGACUGGUGGUUCUAGUUCCAUGCGUUUUAUGGUGUCAGCCAGCAUUGCUUUCACCAUUUCAUCAAAGGGAAGUGUCUGUUGUUGUUUUGUUUGCAUUGGUGUAUUAAUUUUCUCUUUUGUAAAUAUUACCUUGAAUCAAAUAAAAGUUUUUUUGAACAAA